AUUAUAUUUACAGAAAUAUAUUGAGGAAAAAGUCAGUGCAGAUGAGAAACUCUCUUGGGUCACAUACCACAUUACCAAAGGCUUUCAAGCACUCGAGAAGCUUCUAAAAGACCAUGCAGGACGAUAUGCAACUGGAGAUGAAGUCUUCUUGGCUGAUUUGUUUCUAGCACCACAGAUUCAUGGAGCAAUUAAGAGGUUCAAUAUUGACAUGGUUCAGUUCCCUCUCUUGUCUCGGUUGAAUGAUGCAUAUGUUGAGUUGCCGCCAUUUCAAGAUGCGAUGCCAGAGAAGCAACCCGAUGCUCCUCCAUCAGUAGUCAGUUAACGAUGUCUUAUUUUCAGCAACCGUUUGGGAUUCAAUGGAUCUUUUAAAUAGGUGGAGAUCCAAAGUAAGGCUGCAAAAUUUCGUGACUCUGGAGAAACUUAUGGAAGUGAUGGAAUAAAGUUGUAGACUAUAUAAAUAUAUGUAGUUUUUAAGAGCAUAUGGAAUGUUUAUUUACAAUAAUAAAGUACAACUUCUGUU